UUAACGCUUUAGCGAAACAUCGAUGCAAGUCGAUCAAACACGUUCGGAAUACCAAUAUUUACCCAUUGACUUUAGAAAGUAAAACGGCUUUCUGCAUAUUUAUUGGAAUAGGAGUGAAUUGUGCGUUUCGAGUUUUUUAAUAAUGUGUGCCGCGGUUGUUAUUGACAGUGUUAAAAAACCAAGCAGCUGGCUUGGAGUUCGACACAUUCAAUAUGUAAUGCUUUUCGUAGUUGUUAAUAUAUGUUAUGCUGUCAGAUCAAUACUGAGUAUUGCGAUUUUUGCCAUGACAGCAGAGGAUCCCCCGGAUAAAAGUAUACCGACUUAUCCAGAAUGGCUACCUUACAAGAACAUAAUGUUAUCUUCAUUCUUCUGGGGAUACGUAUGUUUGCAGAUUUUUGCGGGUGUGCUAAUCAAACAUUAUGGUCCGAAAUGGUUCCUAGGAGGAGCCAUUUUUAUAGGCUGUCUGUUUUGUUGCAUGAUUCCUGUACUUGGAGCUUGGAUGGGGUACGGUGGUGUCAUAUUGUGUAGAAUCGUCACUGGAUUGACUCAGGGUUUCCUCUUUCCAAGCAUCCACUGCCUAUUGAGCUCGUGGACACCGUUGCAAGAUAGGGCUAAAUUUGGAACUUUUGUUUAUGCAGGUGGUCCAUUGGGAAAUGUCAUUUCCAUGCCAAUAGCGGGCUUCAUAUCGAACUCACACUUGGGCUGGCCAACAGUUUUCUACUUGUUUGGAGCCUUGGGUAUAGCUUGGUCAGUGGUGUGGUGUAUUAUCGGAUCAGACUCUCCUUCUAAACACAAGUCGAUAUCUGAGGAGGAAGUACAAUACAUCGAACAAAAUAUGGAUCCACGAGACAAAGAUGAAAAGGUAGAACCCACUCCAUGGAAAGCGAUUUUGACGUCUCUACCAGUUUGGGCGAUUUUAAUCUCACACUGCGGCCAAAACUUCGGCUUCUGGACUCUUCUCACAGAAAUUCCUUCGUAUAUGAAUCACAUUCUAAAUUUCGACCUGAAGUCGAAUAGCACACUUUCUUCGUUGCCUUACUUAACGAAUUGGAUAUUGAGUCUGUUCAUGAGCCCUAUAGCAGACUUUAUAAUAAUUAAGAAAUAUGCCAACGUGGGACAGAGUAGGAAAAUAUUCAACACGAUAGGCUUGUGGAUCCCAGCUUUGGCUCUGAUCUCUCUAACAUUUGUGGACCGUGACAAUAGAGUUGCAGCUAUUAUAUUGUUAACAAUUGCAGUAGGAUUCAACUCUGCUGUUUAUUCUGGCUACAACGUCAACCACUUAGAUAUAUCUCCAGUCCAUGCAGGAACUUUGAUGGCCUUGACAAAUUCCGUGUCGAAUAUUUUCUCCCUAAUUUCUCCAUUAGUUGUAGACGCAAUUAUAGCCGUAACAGGAUACCAAGAGACUCAAAAGCAAUUAUGGACAUUCGUUUUCUGUAUAGCAGCAGGUAUCUACAUCCUAUCAGGUUCUUUCUAUGACAUAUUUGCAUCUGGAGAAGUCCAAUCGUGGAAUACCUCCAGAACGUCUUCUGUGGAUCCUGAAAGUCAAAAGCCAGAGAAGCAGUACGAAGCUGAAGUAUUUGAAGACAUUCAACUUGGAAAAGUUGAAAACGGAAUAUAAGUGAUCGAUAAUUUAUUAUUUUGUAAAUUAUUUUGUAAAUUAUAUUUAAUGUUUUGUUAUUGUAAAUAAAUUGAUCCGUUUAAGGAUGUUAAAAAAGAU